GGAUGUCUAAGGACAGCAGCAUUUCAUCACCAAGUAAACAGUCAUCACUCUCGCCAGCGGUUGCAUUGUGAAUGCUCAACAAAACACAACACUCGCUCGCUUGCUGCUGCCACUGCCCUCCUGCUUCGGGUGCUAAGUUUGGUUCUUGCCAAGAUAAUCACAGGGGUUUUCCUUUUAGCCGAGACGGGAUUCCUCUCUCCUCUCUCUGCAGCGAAAGCCCAGCAAGGUUCCAACUCCUAAAUCGUGACAGUCCCGCGUCUUCUGUCCACAAAAACAUCCAUCGUCCAACCUCCCCGCUGGGUGUCGACGACCACCACAAUUUCCCCUCCAAAACGACUACGCAUUGGGCGUCCGAGGUUCAUCGCCACGAGUCGACCGCUCUGGACUCCAUUUAUCUCCCAAUCGAACGCGUCAUCGCAUCGCAGCAACUCCCCUUCUCGAGGAUCUCUCCUCCAGUCGCUCGUUACCAGCAACUCCCGGGUCUGUACGUAGGGUUGCCUUGAGUAUUACUACAACCCAUCCAUCAAUUCAUCUUCAGACCGCGCUCCAGAAUAUCAUAUCCUAAUCGCAGCCCGAUUGUCGACCUCUCCUCCUAAUUGGGGCCGACCAAAGCUCCCCUAUCUCGAAUUCCCACGAAUCCCAGGAGAAGAUCGCAAAUAUGGGUUUCGUACAGAGAGUCAUGAAGAAGUUGCCCACAUCACCGCCUCUGCCAACGGUGGACGAGGGCAAGACCAAGUCGAAAACAAAUUCUAGAUUAGCCUUCUUUCGCCGGCCGCUGAGAUUAAAGGGCAAUUCGAGCAUAUCAAUACCGCUUGGGGUCGUUUUACUAUUUCCAUGUAUUGUUGUAGUGUUGAUUUUGGUGCUUUUUGUCCGCCAUCCUAAAUCGGGAGUCGGUAUACUAAUGCCAGCUGGAGCACCACCAGCUAUCAGGUUUGUGGAGCCCCAAAAUCUGCGAUAUCGUUGAGCCUUUGCUAAUUGGGGUUGGAAAUAGAAAAAUCAGUGAGGAGCAUGAUAAGGUAUUUGUGACGGGAUGUUUAGAGCCCGAUACAUCGAAACCAAGGGCCAACGCAGCCUUCGUGGUUCUGGCGAGAAAUAAGGAGUUGGAUGGGGUCAUUCAAUCCGUCAAAUCCAUCGAGAGGCAUUUCAACAGAUGGUAUAACUACCCAUAUGUUUUCUUGAACGAUGAGAAGUUCAACGAAACUUUCAAGGAGACCAUUCAGAAUUAUACAAGUGGAACAGUGGAAUUUGGACUAAUCGACCCAAAAACCUGGGGAUUCCCCGAUUGGAUCGAUCCCAAGGUUGCUAAAGAGGGUAUUGCGAAACAAGGAGAUGCUGCAAUCAUGUACGGUGGAAUGGAAAGUUAUCAUGCCAUGUGCAGAUUUUACUCGGGGUAUUUACUAUGUACGAUUUGCAAAGAUAAGCGCUGACAGGUGCCAGAUUUUUCUACAACCACGAGCUUUUGGACAAAUAUGAAUGGUACUGGCGCUUGGAGCCAGAGAUCAAGUAUUUCUGCGACAUCACAUAGUAGGUGCUCCUUCCAAUAUUACGCGCGAAGCAACUAACAAUAUCUAGUGAUCCAUUCCUCAAAAUGAUCGAGACAAACAAGACAUAUGGUUUUACAAUUGCGGUCAAGGAAUUGAAGGAGACCGUGCCCAACAUCUUCCGAUACGCAUCAGCAUACAAGAGAGUCAACAAUAUUACAUCACAAGGCUUGUGGGAGAUGUUCGUAGAGCCUCAGCCAGAUAAGCCAGAGGAAAUUCCAGAAGAUGACCCCAACUACAAGCCACCUCUACCCGAAGAGAUUAUCCGUGGCGAUCCAUCUCGCGCUUCUCUGCCAGACAUCGACCCAGAGGCAAUGGAAGGCGAAAAGUACAACAUGUGUCAUUUCUGGUCCAAUUUUGAAAUUGCAAAAUUGAGCUGGUUCAGAAGCAAGCCAUAUCAAGACUUUUUUGAUAUGAUGGAUCGCAGUGGGGGUUUCUGGAUGGAACGAGUGAGUGAAAUCUACCCUAGCUUUUCCCAACAAUACUAACAAAUUCCAGUGGGGUGAUGCUCCAAUCCACUCUUUGGCAGCCGGGGCGCUUCUAGCACCCAAGGAUAUCCACUACUUCCGUGAUUUUGGUUAUCGACACACCACCAUUCAGCACUGUCCUGCCAAUGCUCCUGCACGUCAAUUAGAACGUAUCCCAUGGCUCGAAAAGACCACAUUGGAUGAGAAAAAACGACGUGAAGAAGAUGAGUACUGGGAGUCGUGGGAUCCAGUCAAGGAGAAUGGUGUAGGCUGUAGAUGUAGAUGUGAUACCGAUAUCGUUGAUGUGGAAGGAAAGCAGGGAUCUUGCUUGGCGGAAUGGGUUGACGUAGCGGGUGGAUGGGCCAGUCCUUGAUAAAUAAUGCUGUAGAAAACGAAACUUGGAAUGGGGGGCCCGUGAGGCGUGG